UAAAAACAGUGACUAUUACUAGGUAACUGUAUUUCUAGUUGACAGUUGAACAGUUAUGUGAUGGAGUUAAACCAGUUUAUUCCUUCUACAUGGAUUACACUUAUUGGAAGUGUAUUGCUGUUAUGCAUCAUUUAUGUGAAUAGAAAAUUUCAGUACUGGAAACGACAAGAAAUUCAAUGUUCAGUUGAUGGAAUUUGGAGUUUUCUAUUGGAAAUGUCCGAGGUGUUGAAAAAGUCAACGCAUAUCAUAGACCUGGAAUAUUACAAAAAAUAUGGCCGAAUACAUGGGAGAUUUUUGGGAAUUAAGCCGAUUAUUUGCAUUGCUGAACCUCAUAUUCUGAAAAAAAUUUUUGUUAAAGAUUUUAAUACAUUUCAUAAUAGAGUGGUAAGUUACAAAUUUUUUUUUCUCCAUGUCGGGUUGUUUGGGAUGAAAUGAAUCACGCUAAGUUUUUAGCAUCAUAUUUUUAAGUUUCUACAUUUUAUGUUUUGCUCCCUAUAUGCCACAGAUCCGUUGAAGUUUGUAUAAGUUAAGAAAGUAAGUUAUAAGGUAUUCAUUAUCAGACAUAAUUUUAAAGUAUCUUAAGUUAAUUAUAAUAAGUUAAUAGCCUAUCGAUUUUAUUCUCACAAAGAUAAAAA